GAACUCUGCCUCACACUCUUUUCGGGCCACCGGUAAUGGCGUCGUCCAUGAGCGGUAUGUUCCCCGGUCAGCAGCCGCCAAACGCGCACCCCGUAACCGGCGCGGGUGGCCCGGGCCAGCCCGGAUUCCCCGGUCCGGCGAACCGGAGUCAAGGAAGCAACACGCUGGUGGACGAACUGGAGGCCUCGUUCGAGGCAUGUUUCGCAUCGUUGGUAAGCCAAGACUACGUGAACGGAACUGACCAGGAGGAGAUCCGAACCGGUGUGGACCAGUGCAUUCAAAAGUUCCUGGACGUGGCCCGGCAGACGGAGUGCUUCUUCCUGCAGAAGAGGCUUCAGUUGUCUGUGCAGAAGCCAGAGCAGGUGGUUAAGGAGGACGUGUCCGAGUUGCGCAACGAGCUCCAGAGGAAGGAGAUGCUGGUGCAGAAGCACUUGUCCAAGCUGCAUCACUGGCAGCAAGUGCUGGAGGACGUCAGCAUGCAGCACCGCAAGCCCAGCGACCUGCCGCCCCCCGGACCCCUGGCGUUCUUGGAGCAGGCGUCCGCUAGCUUGCCUCCCGCCCCUUUAAAGCCAAACUAAUGGGAUGCUUUUGGACUAUGCACAAAAGUCAAAUCACGAUGCGGGCUUGAUGAAAUGCACUGAACUGGAGAUUUGUUGUAUGUGUUAUUACCUCUGCCAAGGACAACUCAUAUAAGGUGGGGGAAAAAAACAGAAAACGUAUGAAUUUAUCUAGACGUGCGUGGGCCGACAUUUGUCAGUGCGGGUUGACUUUCGGCUCCAUGGCUUGAGGCCAAGUGGGGCCGUGACCAACCUAAUCCAGAAGAAAAUUGAGCUGCAAUGGCGAGGGUUAAAAACAACAACAACAACAACAACAGUAGUAGGCCGUUGGAUCCCAAUUCGGAAUGUACAAUACAGCCACCUAAAGGAUCGGAGUGGAACAGCAUUGACCACUCACUGGACAAAUGGCGUAUUAAGCUGAAGGAAAAAUGUGGAAUAUUAUAAGACCGAGGCUGUAAAAUUACGAGGUUGAAGUUGUUAUACUACAAUAAAAAUAAAGCAGCUGAACUUG